AUGGGGUGUAAAGGGAGUUGUGCGCGGUCCCCCAAGAAGAAGAAUGAACCGGAGGCAGAGGGUGCCGAAAAUGAGCCUGUGAGUGCAGGGGAUAACAGAACCGCCUCUAUUCAAGAUCCUAGUAUUGCAUCGCAGGGAUCUGCACGGCCACUGCCAGCUCAGAGGGCGCGUUCAGAAUCCCCCACAACAGACCAAGGGAGGGGGGUGUCCCGGCAGGAGUCAUGGCGAGAUGGAAAGGGCAGCUCCGCUCCGCUGCCACUUAUCGUGGUGCCUGUAUAUGGCAACAACAACAACAACAACAACAACAACCCUGACGAUGAGGAAAGCUUGCUUUUAUCAUUUAGCAGCACCUCCAGCACUCCGCAGUUGUUCCGCAUUGAACCUACACAACGAGCACAACGGGGGGAUGGUACUUGGGAGUGGUGGUAUGAGCAGGUAGAGAAGCUGCGCAUAACCAAAGACUACACGUGUCGUGAGAAACUACAGGAUAUUCCUAACCGCCUUACGCGGCAGUACGAUGCAGACAAGGGCCGUGUUGAAUUAGACCUUAGCUGGUGCUACAUGGAGCGUUCCGCUCCGUAUGUUCUCGGACGACUCCUCGCCAGUCCUUUUCUCUGUGAGGUCCGCUGGAUCACUGCUUUGCGCCUUGACGGCAACUACUUCACCGAUGACGGUUUCGGCAACAUGCUCGCUGUGAUGAGUGAGGCCAAUGAGAAAAAGACAAUUUUGCCGCUGCUGAAGCACCUGUACCUAAACAACAUGAACCUUGAUCCUUGCAGCACACACGGAAUUCUUUUCUACCUGUUUCCUCUUGACUGGGGCCGAUCUGCAGGAUCGUUGGCGCAGCCAACAAUAGCAGGGGACUCUGUAGGCCUACCGGUGAAGGCCUACACGCCAUUUAACAACUACCCAAGGUCGCCGCUUUUUCCGUCGCUUGAGGUUCUCAGCCUCUGUGACAACCCAGGCAUUGGCAACCGUGGGCUAGCUGAGGCGUUGCGCUGCUUCAUCGCACCGCACCGCGAGGGGCGGGUGUUGCCGGUGCUUGAUCUCUCACGCUGCGCAAUUGAUGAAGUGGGCGUGCGCUAUAUUCGCGAAUACCUCACGCAUCUCCCUGUGAUUCUAGAGAGUGGGGAACGUGCCGUCAUUGUCAGGCGUAUUGUACUCUUUGGUAACCGACACAGCAUCGAGCAGGCUGGGAGUGCUGUGCUGGCCCCGUGUGAUUCUGACUUCACGCUUAUACUCUGA